UUCAUUAUUUAGCUUGCAUUAGCUUGCAAAAGUGCAUUAAUACCUAAAUAUAAGAUGAAUACAAGCAACUUGAGCAAAAUUUGGGUGGGGCUCAGCUGGCACUACAGCAAUGAUUAUAAUUAUCUCCUUCUGGCCACGUGAAAUAGUUUUAAAAUGAAGAGAAGAAGGUUCAAUGAAAAGGCUCGUCAAGGGAAGGCUGUGAGUGUAAAAGGCGGCCAAGCACCACCUGAUACAAACUACACUGUACUAAUACCACGGACCAAUAAGAGCUGUAAUGAAGAGAAGGCAGACCAGACUAGUAGAACAAAUAAGAGACUGAGCAGUAGACAGAAGAAGAAAUUAAAAGCAGUAAUUGAAAAUAAAAGAAAAAAAGAAAAGAGAGCUGCAAUAAUAAACAGUUUACAGUCAAUGUCUCUGUCGUCAUCAGAAAUGAAACUGCUACAUCGAUCAACUGACCUUUCCAAGAAUAAACUGACAGCCAAAGAAUUAAUUGAAAGAGGAUCAGUGGACAUUCCUCCAUUAAUUAAUAACUCGUUUGAACUGAUAGAAGAGAAUGGGUGUGGUCCAAAUAUUGGUAACAUACUAAUCAACAAACCAGGAGGAGGAGGAGGAGGAGGAGUGAAAAGGAGAAAGCAAAGGAAAAGAAGACGUCAUUUAGUUGAGAAACGUAUUUUGGAACCUCGUGAACUAAAGGACUCGUCCAGUGAUGUAUCAUCAAGUGAAGAGGAGGAGGAGUCAGAAGAGACUACUAGCCAUCAUGAACUAAUGGAGACUGAGCAGGAGGAGGGGACUAUAUCUACUGAUGGACACUGUGCUUCCAAUGAAUCCUCUUGUUUAUUAUCUUCACCUGACCCUCCCUCCUCUUCAUUACCCUCGUCCAGUGCCCCUCCCAUUAGUGCCCCUCCCCCUGCUACUCCUGCUGUAUAUGUGAGUGUCAAUAGGUCAGGAGUAGUCCAGUCCUCUCGUUUAUCUCUCCCAAUAUUAUCGGAGGAGCACUCCAUUAUAGCAGCAGUGAAGGAGAAUCCAGUGGUCAUUAUAUGUGGAGAGACUGGUAGUGGGAAGACAACUCAAGUCCCUCAGUUCCUGUACGAGUCAGGCCACACCCUCUUAGGGGCGGAGUCAGGAAAGAGAAGCAUCAUUGGAAUAACCGAGCCUAGGAGAGUUGCCGCUGUUUCUAUGGCAACAAGGGUGGGGUAUGAAAUGGAUCUGCCCAGCAGUCAAGUCUCUUAUCAGAUCAGAUAUGAAGGAACUGUCUCUCAAAAAACUGAAAUAAAGUUCAUGACUGAUGGAGUCCUCCUUAAAGAAAUUGAGAAAGACUUCUUGUUAUCAAACUAUUCUGUCCUUAUCAUUGAUGAAGCUCAUGAGAGAAGUGUCUACAGCGAUAUCCUAAUAGGGCUCCUCUCCAGGAUUGUUCCUUUAAGAAAUAAAAGCGAGCGUCCAUUAAAGUUGAUAAUAAUGUCAGCCACACUCAGAGUCAAGGACUUUACUGAAAACCAUGUCCUCUUUCCAACCCCACCUCCUGUUGUCAAGGUUGAGUCCAGGCAGUUUCCUGUUACUGUCCAUUUUAAUAGAGUGACGCCACUAAAUUAUGUCUUAGCUGCUUACAGAAAAGUUUGUAAAAUUCACUCAAGCUUACCAGGAGGACACAUACUGGUGUUUCUAACUGGGAGACAAGAGAUACUACAGCUGGUAAAGAAACUGGAAGCAACCUUUCCCUCAUCGUCACUCCGACCUCCUGGGACAAGGGAAGAGGAGGAGGAAGAAUAUAAAGACUUGUGUUUAGAGAAUCGAGACAAACUAGGAGAGAGGGAGAGGAGAAAGGAUAGUUACGUUAAUUUAGAUGACUAUCCCAUAUUAUCAGAAGAUGUAUUAGCUAAUGAUAGCAGCUGUUCUGAUCACAGUGAUUCCGAUAGUAAUGAAGAGGCGGAGUUUAUUAGCGUUUCCAAUAGCAACCAACCAUUAGUUGUGUUACCACUUUACUCUACACUGGAGCCAGAGGAACAAGCAAAAGUGUUUGGUUCUGAUGUGAUGGCUGUGUCUUCUCGUGUCUGUAUUGUAGCUACUAAUGUUGCAGAGACCUCAAUCACUAUCCCUAAUGUAAAAUAUGUUGUUGAUACAGGAAAGGUUAAGAGAAAGUAUUACGACUCUGUUACUGGUGUUUCAACGCUUAAAGUUGAUUGGGUUUCAAAAGCGUCAGCCAAUCAAAGAGCAGGUCGUGCAGGAAGAACUGAACCUGGACACUGCUACAGGCUUUAUUCUUCUGCUGUUUUUCAAAAUAAUUUCAUUGAGUUUUCAGAACCUGACGUAACCCAGCAACCAGUGGAUGGUCUAGUCCUUCAGAUGAAAGCUAUGAAUAUCAUUAAAGUGAUUAAUUUCCCUUUUCCAACUCCACCCAGUAAAGAAGCCUUAAAGGCUGCGGAAGAUCUUUUAGUUCAUUUAGGAGCCAUUGAUUCUGAGAGAUUAGCCAUUACUUCUGUCGGACGUACUAUGGCUUCUCUUCCUGUCUCUCCGUCUUUUGCUAAAAUGAUUUCUCUCUCUCAUCAAAAUGGCUGCCUACCUUAUAUGGUAAUCUUAGUCUCGGCUCUGAGUGUCCGGGAGAUAUUUCAAAAUGAAAUUGACAAGAAAUGGACAAUAAAGGGGGAGGGGCGUCUCCUAGGAGACCUGAUGGUGUUGCUAGGAGCAGUUCAAGGCUAUGAGAGGGCAUUAAAUAGAAACGAAUAUUGUAAAAUGAGAGGACUAAGAAUUAAAGCAAUGGAUGAGAUUAGGAAAUUGAGACGGCAACUUACUAAUACCAUUAAUGGAAUUUCUGGUAAAGGCGACCUUUCACUUGAUCCUAAUCUGGCCCUGCCCACUUCAGAACAAGUAAAGGUCCUUCGUCAGUUGGUACUAGCUGGUUCUCCUAAUAAAGUAGCAAGGAAGAUUGAUACCAGUCGAAUGAAUGUAGAAGAAAAGAAGAAAUAUCAUUAUGGAUACGAAUGUCAGCUGACUGAUAGUCCGGUCUACUUACCCUCGUCCUCCUCUCUCUGUCUCUCUUCUCCUCUUCCCCAGUUUGUUGUAUUUCAAGAACUACAUGAAACCACUCGUUUGUAUAUGAGAAAUGUCAGUGUUAUUGAGGCCGAGUGGUUGCCAUGGUUACUGCCGGCUAGGUGCGUGUUCUCUGAUCCUCUUGAAGAUCCUCUGCCUACUUUUAACACCUCAAGUGGGAGGGUCUAUUGUCACAUGAAAUAUUCAUUUGGUUCUUGGCAGCUUGGUGUUCAGUCCUUUCCUUACCCCACGGAUUCUUUGGAAAGAUACAAAUGGUUUGCAGUUUUUCUACUCAAAGGAGAAGUUGCUCCUGGUUUUUCUCAGUUCACGGAUUCAUUGCUGACUCCUCCCAUUACGAUGGUCAAGAGUUGGGCCAAACUCCACAAAAGGACUCAAGUUCUUCUCUCGUCUCUCGUUGAAAAUGAAGUAUCAAGUAGACAAGAAUUAAUGAAUAUAUGGAAGACUGAUCCUAAAUAUCUACUGUCACACUUGGCAAUGUGGCUACCACAGAGACUCCACAGUUCACUGAGUGAGAAGUGGAGCAGUAUUGUUAACAGCACUUUAGAGUAAUCUUGUACUUUACAUUUAUUUGUUUUAAAUAUUGUUGUUCCUAAAACUGUACUAUUACGCAUGUCUUGUCUAUUUUUUACAAAAAAGAUGAAAAAGUUGAAUCAAAAAAAGAGAGAACAUACAUGUAAUUGCAAAAAUGUGUCAAGAGGUACUUGGUGCUCAUAUCAUUCAGCAUUCACGAUGUCUUCAAGCGUUGGCAGUGUUUUGCUACCUUUA